AUGGCUUUGUCUGUGGACUCUGCUUUGUACCGUUGGCAGCGACGAGGAGCUGAAAGUCCCUCCCAGACUCUAUCAGAAUCGACACCACUGCUGUUUUCUGUCGGAGACAAACCAAAACUCGACUUAAACAAACAGAGGACUGUGUUUCCCAACAAUGGGAGGCAGUCAAAAGACUGGAAACAAGCUUCUACGUUUUAUUCUGGAAACAGGAUAAAGACCACAAAAUACACGUGGUUCACGUUUUUGCCACAAAACCUUUUUGAGCAGUUUCACAGGCUGGGUAAUCUUUAUUUCUUCUUUCUGGUGGUUGUGAACUGGUUCCCACAAGUGGAAGUCUUCCACAGGGAGAUUACUAUGCUGCCUCUGAUUGUGGUGCUGCUUGCCAGUAUGAUUAAGGAUGCUAUUGAAGACUAUAGAAAAUACCGAUUUGAUAAGACGAUAAACUUUUCUAAAACCAGGGUAUAUGACAAAGAAGAACGUGCUUAUGUGGAGAAAUGCUGGAAGGAUGUCCGAGUGGGGGAUUUUGUGCAGCUGCGGUGUAACGAGACCAUCCCAGCCGAUAUCCUACUGCUGUACUCCUCUGACCAGAACGGGGUUUGUCACCUGGAAACUGCCAACCUCGAUGGCGAGACCAACCUUAAACAGCGACACGUCGUGAUGGGAUUCUCCAGCCAGAAUACUUCGUUUGAACCCGAAUUUUUCCGAAAUACCAUCAUCUGUGAAAUGCCUAACAAUGAUCUCAAUAAAUUCAAAGGGUACAUGGAGCAGCCAAAUCAUGAACGGAUUGGUUUUAACAUUGAAAGCCUCUUGCUUCGUGGCUGUACAAUCAGAAAUACUGAGGCUGCAAGAGGAAUUGUUAUAUAUGCAGGUCAUGAAACUAAGGCCAUGUUAAAUAACAAUGGUCCUCGUUACAAACGCAGCAAGAUAGAGCGACGGAUGAAUAUGGAUAUUUUCUUAUGUGUGGGACUCCUGUUCGUGAUGUGUCUUGUUGGAGCUGUAGGGCAUGGCAUUUGGACUGGAAACUCCUCGGAGCAUCCGCCUUAUGACAUUCCAGAUGAGAAGGGCAAUUUUCUGUCUCCAGUGCUUGCUGGUUUCUACAUGUUCUUGACAAUGAUAAUCCUGUUGCAGGUUUUAAUCCCUAUUUCUCUUUAUGUGUCCAUUGAGUUAGUCAAGUUGGGCCAAGUCUUCUUCAUUCACAACGACAUUGACCUGUAUGAUGAAGAAGCAGAUUUGCCCAUACAGUGCCGUGCCCUAAAUAUUACUGAAGAUCUUGGACAAAUCCAGUACAUCUUCUCAGACAAAACUGGGACACUAACAGAAAACAAAAUGGUAUUCCGACGUUGUACCAUCAAUGGAAUUGAGUUUUCACACCAGGAAAAUGCCAGGCGCCUGGAAACCCACAAAGAAUUGGAUUUAGAUGAUGAGGACUCAGCAAAACUUCAACACUUCGCUCUUCCUCCCAUGAAUAUUGAGAGACCAGACACGUAUAAGCAGAGGACCGUGAGAUCUUUAAGGAGGUGCCAGAGUGCUAGAGCUCAUUUUCAGGGGCAUACACGGAACAGGUCACUCGGCCGUCGUGACAGCAACCAGUCUCAAGUGGCAUUCAGCAGUACCAUUGAAAAGGAUGUGACUCCCGAUAGUAGGCUGCUAAGGCAAGUGAGAGAUGCUGCACUUCAGACUGAAAAUCUUUCUCCUUUUACACAUAUGAAGACUUCCACAUCCCUUACUGACUUUUUUCUUGCCCUUGCCAUCUGCAAUACAGUCCUGGUCUCUACUGCUACUGAGCCAAGACAAAGGGUCACAGUCCCACCACCAAUAAAACCUUCAGGAAUCACCCUGGAGAAGAUUCAUCAGAUAUUUCAGCGGCUAAAAUUAGCAAGCCUUAGUCAGUCUUUUUCAUCAUCUCAGUCUAGUACAGACCUAGGCGCGAGCUUCAAUGCCAGCAACACCGAGGAGCAUUUUGCUGCGUUGGAUUGCAGCGACAGUGACAACAACUGCUGUGCCAGUGGUAGAGGUGACGAGCUCCAGGGCAAGGGCAGCACAGGUAUUGGUGGUGCUUCCUUGGAUGAGGUUUUUAAAUCCAUGACUAACAGUUCUCUGCCAACAGACUUUUGUUAUGAGGCUGAGAGCCCAGAUGAGGCAGCACUGGUCUAUGCUGCCCAGGCAUAUAGUUUCACUUUAGUGUCCCGAACUCCUGAACAGGUGACCGUACAGUUGCCACAAGGCACACUCCUGACUUUUGAUAUUCUCUACACUUUGGGAUUUGACUCAGUAAGGAAAAGGAUGUCUGUAGUGGUGAGGCACCCUCUAACCAAGGAGAUUGUUGUCUACACAAAAGGAGCUGACUCUGUUAUAAUGGACUUGCUGGAAGACUCCGCCAAAGCUGACAUUAGUGCAGAGAAGAGGAUGAAAAGGAUAAAACAAAAAACACAGAAGCAUCUGGACUACUAUGCCCGUGAUGGCCUACGAACUCUGUGCAUAGCUAAGAAGGUCUUGAAUGAAGAUGACUUUCAAAAAUGGGCCAAUUUUCGUCGGGAGGCAGAAGCUGCAAUUGACAACAGAGAUGAGCUGUUAAUGGAGACAGCGCAGCAUCUGGAGACCAAACUCACCUUGCUGGGAGCAACAGGGAUUGAAGAUCGGCUGCAAGAUGGAGUGCCUGACACUAUUGUGGCUCUUCGAGAAGCUGGGAUACAAAUCUGGGUGUUGACAGGAGACAAACAGGAAACAGCAGUUAACAUUGCAUAUUCCUGUAAGCUCCUGAACCAAAGAGACACCGUCUUCACCAUUAACACCGAAAAUAAGGAGAGCUCAGCCCUGAUCAUUUCUGAAGCCCAAAAGCGGGGUCCAAAGUGCCAGCUGUGA